AGGUGCAUCGGAAGAGUAAAACGGUCGCCAUGUCGUUCUUUGGGAAGCAGUUCAAGAAAGUUAAGGCUGAAAAUGCUUCGGAGGUCAUUGGAAAACUAAAUCUCUCCGCGUCAAUUGUGGCACUCCUGCGCAGCCAAGACACCGUUAUCUGCUUCACUAAAAACGCCGACGGCACCCUCCAGUACGUCGUCAAAGACAGCACCGGCAAGGUUCUCGUCGACCAGAAGAUCGUCCUUUCAACCCUCUUUGACUACAAAGGCCCUGAUGGCAUGGAGACUAAAGCCAAGUUUGAGUUGGCGGGAGAUGUCUUGAAGUCGGAGAUGCAUAUGCCUGAUGGGAAGGUCGUCCAUAUGGAUAGACAUUUUGAAGCUAACCGCUCGAAAUUGGAAUUGUACGUCCAAGGUGUCGCUGAAAAAGCCACUGUUUAUUACGAGGCCCUUUGAAUAAUCUUCACAUAACACAUAAUUACAAAAUACCGUUGUCUGAUUACCCAUAACACAAGCCUCCUUGGGCUUACCGUGGGACUUAGUCAAUAUAUGUAUGAAAGUAUGAAUGUCCUAUUUUAUUCAUACUUUAAUUUAAUAAACGUUAUUGUUUUACAAACAUUAAAAAAAAA